AUGAAUGGCGAGACUUUUGAAAAUUGGACAGGAUGGGCUGAACUAGAGAACGACCCAGCCAUCUUCUCCACCCUACUCAGAGAAUGGGGGGUUCCGAGCGUGCGGAUACAAGAGGUUUUCGAGCUGGACAGUUUAUUUGAUAUGCCGCCAGACAACAUCUUUGGCCUUGUUCUCCUCUCGCGAUGGACGGCACCAGAAGAAGAAAACAAGCACCAGCUUACCACGGCACCUUCAGAUCUGUGGUUUGCCAACCAGAUUUCGUCCUACUCAUGUGCCUCUGUGGCAAUCAUGAACAUCAUCAACAAUCAUCCGAGCAUCAAUCUUGGGCCUGAACUCAAUGCUUUCCGCAACCAAACAAAAAAUAUGUCUCCAAAAGAUCGUGGACUGGCCCUCGAUUCCUUCGAGCAUGUGCGUGAGAAGCAUAACUCGUUUGCAACAGCCAUAGACAAGCUGACGGUUGACAUGUCUCUCAAAGAUGACGUGCUCAAGUACGAGCGCAAGAAGAGGGUGGAGGAAACAGCUACGACAAAUGGGAAGCGCCGCAAGCGCAGAAAAAUCACCAUGGAGCACGACGACCAAGUGAACGGCUUUCACUUUAUUGCUUACGCUCCAGUCCUCGCUUCAGCCUGGAAAAUGGACGGGAUGGAACCGCUGCCGCGCAAGAUUGCAGGUACAACGGCUGAGGGGAGCUGGCUGUUCGCUGCUGCCAGUGAUAUCCAGAGUCAGAUGGCCUCCGCGAUCGCGGAUGAGAUGGAAUUCUCGGUAUUGUCUCUAGUUCGGCGAACAGAUACAGAGGAUCAGAGCGCCGAGGCGGCGGACAUGCAACUGGCUCGAGAAGACUGGGGUCCGUUUAUCUCGCAUCUGGUGCAGCUGCAUGCAGAGAAAGGCGACAUCCAAGACCUGAUGAGGUGA